AUGAAUACAGAGAGGUACAGCAGUGGCAGACUUUCAUUGGGCAUUUGCAGUUUUCACCGGAAGCGAACGCAUUCUUCUGGUGCAUCGCCGCCAACUCCGUGCCAUCAAAAAACUCCCUCACAAUCGUCCGCUACUUCGCUGGAGGAAUAUACUGUAAUGAUGCCCACAUACCCAAGAAGCCGCUCUGCAUCGUCAUCAUCGUCAACAUACAGGCACUCCUUCAUGCCAACACAUUCAUACCCAGAGGAAGGUAUAGACACUUCACAAGCUAAAGACCACAGUAGACCAGAUCACAAAGAUGAUGGUUACAUGCCCAUGCUGCCAGGAGUUGCGCCUGCGACCCCAACGGCAAAAAGCGGUGACUACAUGCCCAUGAGUCCAAAAAGUGUGUCUGCACCACAGCAAAUUAUCAACCCCCGGCAACACUCGCAUGUUGACUCCAAUGGUUACAUGAUGAUGUCACCAAGUGGCAGCUGUUCUCCAGAUGGCACAACAAACUAUGGCAAGAUCUGGACUAAUGGCGUCAACCCUAAGCUCUCUGUAGAGAGCAUGGAAGGUAAAGUGUCAUCUUGUGGAGACUACAUAAACAUGUCCUCGGCUAGUGGUUCAACGACCAGCACGCCUCCAGACUGCUUUUUCAACCUUGCAGAAGAUCCUCCCAGGCCGAUGUAUGCUUACUUCUCUUUGCCCCGCUCCUUCAAACACGCCAACAGGAAGCAGGACCAGAGCCCUCUUCGGAUAUCACUAGGCUCGAGUCGAUUGGCGUACGCCGACUCUUCCUCUUCUUCAGCGAGCAGCGACAGCUUGGGUGGUCAAGGCAACUCGCAGCAGUCUGCUGUCAAACCCAAAAGGUCAGAGGGCAACGGGAGGCUGAUACGUCCAACACGUCUGUCACUGGACACUAGCAAAGCAAGUACUCUUCCACGAACACGUGAGAGUCCCUUCCCCACAGAGCCCAAAAGUCCUGGCGAGUAUGUCAACAUUGAAUUCAAUGACAAGGCGUUUUCUGCGAGCUUGGCGUCACUGUUCCCACCUGUGUUUUCCGGAAGUGAUGCUGAGGCCCCAUCAGACCUUUCAUCAUCUGAGUACAUGAACAUGCAGUUGGGGUCGAGGCCAGCUGAGCAUUUGUCCCCAGAAAUGCAGAUUUCCACUUCCUGUUCAGACUAUGCCAAAAUGACUCCAUCAAAAUCUGUAUCCUCCCCUCCACUUCCCUGUGAGAGCAUAUGUGACCGUGACUACAUCAGCAUGCAGUUAUCAUCCUGCACUAGCUUUCCAGAUACUCAAAUGAUGCUGAUGACUGAGGCCUUGCCGGAUGCAGAUGAUGCCCCUCCUUGUUCUGUAUCACCCAAUCAUGAUGUGAUGGCAUUAAGCGGUGCUCCAGGAAGACCGGCUCUGAUCGGCCCUUUGUCAGGUCUUAGUGCAUUCACACGAGUAAACUCCACUUCUGGGCGGAACCAAGGGGCUAAAGUAAUCCGGGCUGACCCACAGGGUCGACGACGACACAGUUCAGAAACUUUUGCUUCCACUACAACCAGAGGGUCAGUUGACACGUCGACCACCUGUCAGUCAGGGGAAGUAAAGCGCCACAGCUCCGCCUCUUUCGAGAAUGUAUGGUUAAGACCCGGUGAGGCCUCUGCUGCUUCGGCCGCUCCACCUGCAUCUACAUUAAUCAACGGACGAAGGGAAAACACUUCAGGCCCAAUUCCCACAUUAACAAACCAUGACCAGAACAGCCUGAAUUACAUCGAUCUGGAUCUGGUGCAGAAUGGAGAGCAGCAUGUUCCAGACUGGAAUGCGUUCCAAUCUCGGCCAGUGGAGCUGGGAGCUGUCGAAGGUAUAGAAGAGCUCAGAGCCUACGCCAGUAUAAACUUCCAGAAAUCAGAUGAGACCAGAGGGAAUCUCACAAGCAGAGAAGAAUGAAGAGUAGAAAGCCGCCGUUUCUUCAGCAUCAAGACUCAAAAUCUCUCCCCGUUCACCACAAGCCGGACCUCAGAAAACUGGACCUCAAUAAACUCACUAACCUCAUUUUCCAGAACCACAUUAUCACCCAGACGCUACCAAAACCAUAUGGACAAAACAGACCUCAUAACAUCACGUAUCCGGACCUCACAAUUGCUGGAUUCCACUAACCAUAUAUCUCUCACAACCGGACUUUCACUGUGCGCACCUCUUCAGACAUUACUGUCCAACUGUUACAGACUCGGUACAAAUGGAUUUCUACCAUCAAAUGUGGUAAAACAGCACCUUUUGAGGCAAUGGUACUGCAGUAGUAGUUGUAGUUUCUCAAGCAAUGUUACAUUAAUAAUAUUUAUGUAAAUGAUGGUACCUAACUAGUACCAGACGUACAACAAAUUGUUUGGUACAGGGGUGCUUUACGAAGCAGCCAUAUUGUGUUGGGUUUGUGCGACAGUCCCCAACAGUGUUGAUUUUACCCAUUUCCUUCAGUACUGCCAGAUAUUUCCAUUACAUAUGGGAUUACACGUUGUUAUACAGAUCUCAAUUAGACACUUUUAUACACCCAGUACGAACAACCUCAAACACCCCGACCUCACCUCAGGAUUUUACGAAAGAGUUUACACACACACUGUGUUUCAGCACUGUGAGCCAUGACUGACCUCAUGCUGCCAAACACACACUGUGAUGUCUGUCAAACCCGUGUUUCAUUUCAUACUUGGUCACAUUACAGCCCGUGCAAUUGUAAUAAUAAGCAUGAAUCUCAUGGCGUUUAUAUUGGCCUCCAAACAGAACUACACCCCCAUUUUUUUUUGUUAGCAUGAAAAUCAAGAAACAA